GACUGUGCGGGGCCUCGGUCGUGGGGGUGUCGGGCCGCAUCCGCAAGCAGAUGCGCGCGUCGGUGGGGGAGUCGGUCUUCGGGAAGGCCAAGGGCAGGAGUCGGACCAUCGGCUUCAUGCUGUCUCCCGCACCUCUGGCAGAUCCUGCUUAUGUGGCCAACUCCGCUCCCCUCGCGGCUUUGGCGUCGGCGGUCAGAUAUGGGUGGGCCCCGGCAGACGCCAUGUCCCAAGCGUUCGAUUUGUUGAGUCAGGAGAGCACGGGUUGGCAGAAAGUGACAG